GAGGCCGAUCGCAAGAUUCUGCUCGCAGUCUUGAAAGACCCUAGCGCUUCUGCAAACGUCGACUGGGAUGCUCUCGCUGCAGAGCUCACCACCGAUGCCGCUACCUGCACUGUUGCAGCCUUGAAGAAGCACAUCUCUCGUAUUCGUGUCGCUGCCAAGAACGACAAUGAUACUGCUGGAUCUGCUGCUGGCACCAAAUCCAAGGGCAAAGCCAAGGCUGCCCCCAAGCGCAAGGCUGCCUCCGACUCGGACGACGACGACGAGGGCACUCCUCUGACCAAGAAGCUUCAGAAGGCUACUACUGGCCAGGAGGAACUGAAGAUCAAGGCCGAGAACAGUGAUGCUGAAGCU